AUGAGCCAAAAUGUUGUUCCCCCCGCAACCACCCCCCUCCGCUACGUCCGCUACGACCCAGUCCAUGAAGACGAAUAUGUCGCCGCAAUGAGACAGUUGAUCUCCAAGGACCUCUCUGAGCCCUACAGUAUCUACGUCUACCGUUACUUCCUCUACCAAUGGGGGGAUCUCUGCUUCAUGGCGAUGGAUGACAGCCCCGACGGAAAGGAGGACAUGGUCGGAGUCGUGGUUUCCAAGCUGGAGACGCACCGUGGCGGUCCAUUACGCGGGUACAUUGCUAUGCUUGCUGUGCGGGAGGAAUACAGGGGUCGAGGGAUUGCGACCAAGUUAGUCAGGAUGGCGAUUGAUGCGAUGAUAGAGAGGGAUGCAGAUGAGAUUGCCCUCGAAACCGAAAUUACCAAUACAGCAGCGAUAAAGUUAUACGAGCGGCUGGGCUUUCUCCGCAGCAAGCGAUUGCAUCGGUACUACUUGAACGGCAGCUCGGCCUACAGGCUUGUGCUAUAUCUAAAGGAAGGCGCAGGAUCUAUCAGGACAACAUUCGAUCCCUACGCUCCUCCGCCAGAUCAGUCGGCCGGUAUUCCCGCUCCCGCGCCUCCUCCACUGCCGUUGCUGCAUGAAAAUGGGAGCUAG